GCGGGGGGAGCUGGUGGGAGUCAGGAGCCCCAGCGAUGAGGAGCACGGGCGGACGCAGCCGGCGCAUGCGUACUGGGGGUCCGAGGCCAGCACCGCGCGCCGCCAUUGCGGGGAGGCUGGAGUCAGAGCGGAUCUGGCGCGCCCGAGGCUGGACCGGCCCCAGCAGCCCAGUCACCCGGCGUCAUCCGCUUAGGCGGCGGGGCCGUCGGCACCCUCUCCCGCCCAGGUCCACACUGGUGGCGGCGGCGGCGGGGGGCGGAGCCUGCGGAGCGCCCUUUGUCUGCAAAGGUCUUCAACCUGAAAUUCUAUCUUACAAGAUCCCUGCCAGGAUGCAGAUUUGAAUACCAUAGUGAAAUGUGUACAUGAGGAAUUGAUGCUUUUAGAGAGAGAGAAAAAAGGUAAUAACAACCUUCGAGACCCCCUACAUCUCAACUCAGCAUGAACAAGGCAAGAUUCUGAGAGUGCGCAGAAAUCAUUCUUGUGGCUAUCCACUGGCUCCUGAGGCUGUCAUCAGAGAUGGGGCACCUUUAGAACCAGAGAGUGGCUGUUCCCCAUAAGGCACUGAAAAUCAACUUUCAGGAACUGCCUCAGAUCCUGAAGCUGCUGAUGCUGGUGUAUCUCCUGACUGUCAUGUAGAAGAAAACAGAGCUUUGGUGACAUUACAACCUCAGAACUGCAAAAAGGUGUAAUCCCAGUGGAAGACUAAAUCCAGAGACUCACAAAGGAAGUUAUGCCUUCUCAGAGUGCUGUUUUUUCUCCGGAAGAGAACAUGGAGGAGAAAGAAAUGAAUGAUGGCUCACAGAUGGUGAGGUCCCAGGUAGGGUUUGGAGAUAAGAGAAAACGGGACCACUACAGACAGAAAAUAAAACUUGAGCAAGAGCAGGGACAAUGCGGAGACUGUCAGCUGGAGCUGAGCUUUUAUUUGGCUUCUCUUUAAUGGGAUUAAAUACACUUCCCAUCAAGAGACGAGGGUAUCUGUUUCUUCCCCUUGGAUCUGGGCAGGCUUAUGUGGUGGAAGUGAAGUUGUGUGACUUCCAAGACUCAGUCAUCAAGGGUGGUUCUCUGGGGGAGUUUUGCUCUUGGGAUCCAGCCACUGUGCCACGAGAAGCCCAUAGAGCCUGUGAAGAGGUUCACAUGGAGAAACUGAGGACCUUGCUGAGCCCAAAGCUGACGGGCAGUACCAAUUUGCAAGUCAUGAAUCACUGACGUUUCAGGAUGUGGCUGUGGACUUCACCAGAGAGGAAUGGGACCAGCUGUACCCUGCCCAGAAGGACCUCUACCGAGAUGUGAUGCUGGAGAACUACAGAAAUCUGGUCGCACUGGGGCAUCAGCUUUAUAAGCCAGAGGUAAUCACACAGUUGGAGCUAGAGGAAGAGUGGGUGAUAGAAGGAGACAGCCUGCUAGACACCUGUCCAGAUGGAGAAAACAGACCCGAAAUCAAAAAGUCAACCACAAGCCAGAAUAUUUCUGAUGAACAUCAAACCCAGGAGAUGAUAAUGGAGAGACUCACAGGAGACAGCUUCUGGUACUCCAUCCUAGGAGGACUCUGGGAUUUUGAUUACCAUCCAGAGUUUAACCAAGAAGACCAGCAGAGAUAUUUAGGACAAAUAACUUUGAACCACAAAAAGAUCACACAGCAGAGAAACCUUGAGCGUAACAUGUUUGCAGAAAACUGUAAUCUGAGCUCAACCCUUAGGCAUCAGAGAAUUCCUUCCAUUAAAAUACCCCUGAAUUCUGACCCACAGGGAAACAGCAUCAAACAUAAUUCAGACUUGAUUUACUAUCAGGGAAAUUAUGCAAGAGAGACUCCCUAUGAAUACAAUGAGUGUGGAAAAAUCUUCAAUCAACACAUUCUUCUUACUGAUCACAUUCGUACUGCAGAGAAACCCAGGGAGUAUGGGAAGGCCUUCAGCCACAACUCGUCUCUUUCCCAGCCUCAGAUGGCGCUUACAGGAGAGAAGCCCUAUAAGUGUGAUGAAUGUGAAAAAAGAUUCAGCCAGAGGAUACAUCUCAUUCAACAUCAGAGAAUUCACACGGGAGAAAAGCCCUUUAUAUGCAAUGGAUGUGGGAAAGCCUUCCGUCAGCAUUCAUCCUUCACUCAGCAUCUGAGGAUUCAUACGGGAGAAAAGCCCUAUAAAUGUAAUCAAUGUGGUAAAGCCUUUAGCCGUAUCACGUCCCUUACUGAACAUCAUAGACUUCAUACUGGAGAGAAACCUUAUGAAUGCCGUUUCUGUGGCAAAGCCUUCAGCCAGAGGACACAUCUGAAUCAACACGAAAGAACUCAUACAGGAGAGAAACCCUAUAAAUGUAAUGAAUGUGGGAAAGCCUUUAGCCAGAGCGCGCACCUUAAUCAACACAGGAAAAUCCAUACUCGGGAGAAAUUAUGUGAAUAUAAAUGUGAGCAAACCUUAAGCCACAGUCCGUCACUUAGCAGCACAUAACUCAUGGUGGGGGAAAUCAUGUAAAUAUAUAAAUGUGGGAAAUUUUUGGUCAGACAUUUUUAUCCCAUUCAAUAUCAAAUUAUUCAUAGUGGAGAGAAAGCUUCUACAUAAACUUUUGUUUUUUUGAGACAGAGUCUCACUCUACCCUGGCUGCAGUGCAGUGUCAUGAUCUUGGCUCCCUGCAACCUCCGCCUCCUGGAUUCAAGCAAUUCUCCUGCCUCAGCCUCCCGAGCAGCUGGGGCCACAGGCACACGCCAUCAUGCCUGGAUAAUUUUUUGUAUUUUUAGUAGAGACAGUGUUUUACCAUGUUGGCCAGGCUGGUCUCGAACUCCUAACCUCAGGUGAUUUACCCACCUCAGCCUCCCAAAGUGCUGGGAUUACAGGCAUGAGCCACUGCACCUGGCCAUAAACUUUCAAUGCAUUUCAAACCAAAUUAAGUUAAACCUUAAACUAGCAGCAUAUCACAUUCCCAGGAGGGAUUAUAAAAGGGAAAGUAAUUUAUUUGACAAAUGAGAUUAUAUUUGGAGGCAUGUUCCAAAUCUGAUAUAAAACUUUAAAAGAAAUCAGAAAUCCUUGUCCAGGCAUGGUGUUGCACACCUGCAAUCCCAGCUACUCUGGAGACUGAGGCAUGAGAAUGGCUUGAACAUGGGAGGCGGAGGUUGCAGUGAGCUGAGAUCACGCCACUGCACUCCAGCCUGGGCAACAGAGCAAGACUCUGUCUCAAAAAGAAAAGAAAAGAAAAGAAAAGAAAAAUCCUGUAGGCAACAACCUGUAAUUACCGUAAUUACUCACCUGUAAGUUUUAUGGUGUAAAACUUUUAAAUCAGAAAUUUUUAUUAAUUAAAGGCAGUGCUGGCUGUAUGUGAUUGCCCACGCCUGUAAUCCCAGCACUUUAGGAGGCCAAGGUGGAUAAUGACCUGAGGUCAGGAGUUCAAGACCAGCCUGGCCAACAUGGUGAAACCCCAUCUCUACUAAAAAUUCAAAAAUUAGCCGGGUGUGGUGCCACACGCCUUUAGUCCCAGCUACUGAGGAGGCUGAGGCAGGAGAAUUGUUGGAACCUGGGAGGGAAGGUUACAGAGUGUCAGGAUCACUCCACUCCAGCCUGGGCGGCAGACUGAGACUCUGUCUCUAAAUAAAUAAAUAAAAUUUAAAAGUAAAGGCAAUUCUCUAGUGCAGCCAGUCACGUUAACUUGAAAUAAACAUAAAAGAGCAAUAUUUCACUAAUAUCAGUUAUCUGUAUGCUUUCUUUACAGUUUUUACCAUAUAUAGUAUUUACUUAAUAUUCUUUAUAAAGGGAUCCAUGAUUUUUAACCUUCUAGGAAAUACUAUUUAGCAUAUAAAACUAAUAAGUUAUAUGCUAGUUUUAUCUGCUAAUUAUUCUACUUUUCAUCAAAAUAGAUACAUAACUCUGAAAUUAAAAAUAUUCAUUGUUGUACCACCCAAAAUCUUGUAGCCGUUGUGUGAGUAACAGUGUGGUAGUUUGUGGCAAUAUGCUGUGAUGGUUCUGUUUGCAAUCUUGGCGUUGUUUUCUUCCUGCGCACCCUGGGAUCACUUUGAGAAAAGCCUUGAAGGAGACUUGAGGGUCCUAUUGAGGAACUUUGAAAUACUGAUUCGGAGAAGUCUGCCUUUCUCUUUUGUUUUCAUUUUAAAUUUCCCUGUGGCAAGCCUA